UUUCAAUCUUCUUUAUUUUCCACCGCUAAUCCGUGACUGUCAACCAGGCAAAUUGAAAAUCCUCCUAAAAUUUUUUUAAAAAUAUCUUAUCAAAUGAGAAGCAAAAUGUAACAAAUACAUUUUUCGUUCAUUAAUUAUCACACAUAAACAUUCCACAUGGCUAAGUCAUCCUCUGGAAUUUCUGAGGGUGAAAUACGAGAAGGCCUUUUAUGUCCAAUUUGCUUAUAUGAUCUCCAGACUGUAGAUCAACUGCAAGAACAUUUUGAAAUCAGCCAUUCCUCUGAAGAUCAUGAUGUUUUCCAAGCUCUUAAAGGCUUCAUUGAUAAGGCUAAAAGAAAGAUUUUGAAACAAGAUACUGUACAAGGGAAUGAUGAUGUGAGCAAAGCUUCUUUUGAAUCAGAUACACUUCCACUAGACUCUCCAAGCAUACCAUGGCAAAAACAAGAAGUUGGUUUGACAACAAGCCAUACUUGGUAUUUUAAAAAAUUACGUGACAAGAAAAUGGACAGAUAUGUUCUUGAAACAAAUAAACUAUUAAUACGCUUAGAUAAACUCAUCUGUGAUAUAACUGAUGAUCCUGAAAAACGGAAAGAAUUUGAAAAGAGUAUUGUUCCAUGGGUUCCUGAUGCUGAUGUACCUCUUUGUCCAGGAUGUGGAAAAUCAUUUGGUUUGUCUCGUCGCAGGCAUCAUUGUCGCUUAUGUGGAGGUGUAAUGUGUCACUCGUGCUCAUAUUUCUUAACUUACGAGUUUGCUCGUAAAUUAACACUUCCUAUGGUAUCUGACGACCAACAUUUAUUACCUAAGCCAAGUUCUACUCCUCGUAGGCCUAGCAGUGCAAGCUUGAUGUCUGUUGCUGGUGGGGAGAAUUUAAUUCGAAUUUGUAAAGAUUGUCAUAUGUUGUUGGAAAGGCAUGACAAGAUGGUGGAGCAAAAGCAUCAUAGGCCACUUUUGGUUCAAAUGUAUGAGAGAAUGAAAGAAUAUAUGGAAGAAGUAGAAAGACUUGUACCACUAUACUUGGAAAUGAUCGAAUCUCUCAACUCUGGUGAAACUGAGUAUCAGUUAGAUAGUGCCCGAGAGCUGAAAAUGAAAAUAACAAAAUUAGCUGAAAGAAUUGAUGCUCACAGUAAGAAAAUAAUGAAAUUAGAAGCCACUGAUGAAAACUCUUGUCGGAUGCAACAGCUUCAGACUGGUAUCAGAAUGGCUGCUUCCCAAUUCUUACGAAAUGUUAUUUUAGGUCUUCCUUCACCUCCAACACCUGAAGAAGUUUCCCGUUAUCAAAGCAUACGCCUUGGGCAGGUUCAGCGCAGAAUCCAGUUAGAAAAACAGGCUGAAAUGCUGCAAAAUAAAAAAGAAAGCUCUAAAAGCCCUUCCCCGGUAACUGUGUCUAAACCAAAAACGAUGGAACCUGUAUCUCCAGAUACUGGGUGGUGCGUGAGUUCUGACAAAGUUCAGGAAGAGGAAGAUCCAAUGUUACAGCAGAUUAAUAUUAUUCAUAAAUACAUACAACAAGCUACUCUAGAUCAUAAGUACGAUGAAGUACGGAUGCUCGAGAAUAAUUUAAAAGAAUUGGAGCAAGAAUUCUCAAAACAAAAAAAGUUUUCCUAGUUUUCAUAUUUAUGCAAAUUUGUAAAAUCAAUUUUAUUAUGUACAAAUUAUGUAAUUUUUAUGUAUAUUUCUAAAUUUUAUACAUACUAAAAUUGUGAUUUUUUUGUUUUGUUUUCUUUGAAGAAUUUCUAUAUGUUAAAUUUUAAUUGUUAUAUUAGAGAUAGCCAGAAUUUUGGCUUAAUCUAAGGAGUAUUUAAUAUUAUGAGAUUGUUAAAUAAAAGUUUUGAGCAUUUACUACAUUCUAAUAAAAUAAUUUGUUAUAAUUAAUUGCAGUGUGAAAGAUAAUUGCAACUGAGAUUUCUAAUUUUUACUGCAUAUAUUAUCUUUACAGUAUGAUUGAUUAAAAGCUAAAUAUUACAUUGUAAUAAAAAUAUUAAUAUUUUGGAGCAUAAAGAUUUUAAAUAACUUAAAACUUAAAAACAAGGGAUAUUAAUCCAUUUAUAAAACUUUCCCCCAUCUCCAGCAUCAGUUUUAAGUCUCAAAUAGAUAGGUAAAAUCAAAUACAGAAGAUAAAAUUCCACACAGCAUGGGGUGAUAGGUUGUGCAGAUUUUAAUUUAGCAUAUUUCAAUUAAAAAAAAAACACUGGAUUUUAAGAUGUCCAUUAAUUUUUUUUCCCCUUAACGUUUUUAUAGAUAUGUUCAAUAUGUUACAAUUUGAUAUAAAAAGAAAAUAAUUAAAAGCAUAAAGAAAACAAAAAAUAAUAUUUUUCAAUCGUCUGUUUUGCAAGUUUGUUUUAAAACUUUUAGAUGUUAUAUGUUUGUCUACUAUCCAAAUUAUGCAGUCAUUAGUUUUCAACAAAUUAUAUAGUUUUGAAGUUCGAUCAUAGUGAAAGUGAAAAAUUCCAAUCAUUGUGAUGUUAAAUUGCUUAAUGAACACAUUUUUGAUACAUAAUCAUGUAAUGCUACUAUUUUAACUUUAGCCUCUUCGCUGUAUCCCCCCCCCCAUUUUUCAAUACUCAACAAACAGUGGAAAAUUAUCUGUUGCCUUUUAUGACCAAUAUUUUCCCUUUUUAGUGAUGACAUUUAUAUACUUCCAGUUUUUAAUUUGAAAGUUGUAAAAUUUUUUAUGUUAUUAACAGAACUGAAUUUCAUUUAACAACAUUUGCCAUUGACGUUGAUAUUUGAUGUUGCAUGGAUUUUUAAGUAUUGAAAGACUUUUAGUUUUCUUUAUAACUUGAAAACUUACGUUAUAUAUAAAAAUUUUAAUGUAAUGCAAAACAUGUAGCAGACAUUUAUCUAAUUUUUUUCCCCUAUCAUUUUAAAAAUAAAUUGAAAAAUAUGUAAGUGGUUGUCAUUAAAUAUCUGAAUAAAUUGUGACUGUUUAUAUUUCUUAACGUAAUUAGAGAGCCUACAGCGUACUGGAAGUGUAUAAUAACCUCCUAAAAAUAAUUUUAUAUUAACUGCACAGCCACAAUUCUGAGUGAAAUGUUUUCAAAUACAAUAAAAAUUUUAAAUUGGGGAACUAAUUUCAAAAACAGAUUAUGUUCUUUUAAUGAAAAGUUUGUGCAUAAGAAGCAUACUUACAUAAUAACUAAGUGCAUAAUAAAAAAAGCAUAUUUACAAUUGUACCAGAGAAUUUUUAUAUUUUGUAUUGUAUAAUAUACACUUUAUAAGUAGAAACAUAAAAGAAAGACAAUGACUGUUUUAUAUGAUAAUUAAAAAUUUCACUGUUUGGAAA